AUGCUUACACGUGACCCGGUUGCUCCUUCUUUUCAUUUUGGCCAACAGGAACAUGAUUUAUCGACGAAUCAGCAAUUCGUGCUACAAAUGGAUUCAUCACCCAGCCUGGAUCAAGCUCAUAGCUUCGUUGCAGCUGGCACAACCUCGGUGAUCUAUGCCAUUGACAAAGAUGAUGUGAUCAAGCUUAUGCCCACAUCAGGGGACUUCGAACAUCAAACGUACGCUAUUGAAAUUCAAUGCUAUGAACAACUUGGAUACCAUGGACACAUCGCGUUUCACAAGGUGACCGAGAAAGGCCAAGUACUAGAAUGUGGAACUUGUCUUCGCGGUAUACUCCGGGGUAUCGACAAGCGGAGUGUCGGCGAGUCUACCAUUCCUUGGACCCUAAAGCUUCAGUGGGCGCUAAAACCCGCAGAAGGUCUAGCGUAUAUCCAUAGCAAGGGAAUUAUCCACGCAGACAUUGGGUGUCAUAACAUCAUCGUGGAUAAAACCAAACAUGCAAAGUUCAUUGACUUCGCUGGCUCUGGUAUUGAUGGUGAAGCUCCCAAAGUCGGAUAUGAGUGGUGUAGCUUUAGGCUUGGCGAUGAACUCGGUGUCUGCUCAGAUAUAUUCGCUUUUGGGUCUAUGCUGUUUGAGCUUGAAACAAGUCAUGUCCCUUACGCCGAGCUGGAAAAAACCAUGGAAAUGGGAAGGCUAGUCACAGUUGUUGAGAGGCUAUUCUCACAGCGCAAGUUUCCUCCAGUUGACAGUUUGGUUUUUGGUUCCAUCAUCUCUGGCUGCUGGAGUGACAAAUACGCGUCAAUGGAUGAAGUCCGUCGAGAUAUUGCACGUUGCUGUGAGGAACUUUCGAAGGGAAUUCUGCACCGGGCGACAUUGCGUGAUGACUGCAAGGCCAAAGCUUCCUAG